GCAUGGAAGAGAAUUAUUUGGAUGUUGACUUUGCAACACCUUGGUGUGGAUGUUACCCUUCAUGUAAUGAGAUAACUUAUAACUUUGUUACCAGCAAUGGCUUGUUCUUCAACAAUGCUAACAGCAAUGGCUCUGCCAGCAGUGAAAGUUAUGCAAAAAUCUCAAUUUACUAUUCUGACUCCCACUUCCUUGGUGUUCAUAGACAAGCGGACACAACAUUCUACGAUUUCUUGGGUACGUGUGGUGGUCUGUUGGGGUUGUUCAUGGGGUUCAGCUGUGUGAGCGCUGUCGAAAUCUUCUAUCAUCUCAUAUUUCGCCCUUUAGGAUGCUUUCUCCUCUGCAAGAGAAAAAUAAACCCUCCACCCACUAGGCUACAUGUAAAAAAUAACGCUAGUUACAUCAAGAGUUAUUAUCACUGAUCGCACAUUGUAAAAUAAACUAAUAGGUUGGCAUUCUACUUAUAAUAAUUUCAUAGUUGUUCUCUUAUAUGUUUGUGAGUAAGAUCUUACCUCGAGGAUUAACAAUUCUAGAACCCUACAAUAUCUAUUCGUUUGGUAUGUAAAUUAAAUGCUGAUGAAUAACAUUAUCCCACCACUUGGUUGUUUUCAUUGAUUCAAAUGUUAUGUUUACUUAGGGAGGAAAAGGGUGUACAUUUAG